CUGGUUCUGGGGGCGAGGCCAAAGGACCAGACUCAAUGAGUUUACAUCGAAAUGUCAGAGAAGUCAGGGCAAAGCACCAAGGCAAAGGAUGGCAAAACAAAGUAUGCAACCCUUAGCCUCUUUAACACCUACAAGGGCAAAUCUUUGGAAACCCAGAAAACUGCAGUUGCUGCUAGACAUGGGCUCCAAAGUUUGGGCAAAGUUGCUGCUAGCCGGCGCAUGCCCCCUCCGGCCAACCUGCCCAGUCUGAAGGCAGAGAACAAGGGAAACGACCCCAACGUCAACAUCGUCCCCAAAGACGGGAGUGGCUGGGCAUCUCGACCUGAGGGAGGGGAGGAGAGGCAACAGGAGACGCCCCCACCCCCGGUCAAACCACCCGUGGUCCCGCCUCCAGAGCCUUCUAUUGUGGGCAGCCGCUCCUGGGCCAGCAGCAAGCAGACACCAAUAGAAGGAGCUCCUCGUGUGAGUAGUCAAUUUCACCAGGAGUUUCCUAGCUUGCAGGCAUCUGGUGAGGGGGAGAAAGAGGAUGGUCCAGAAGAGGAGCCUUAUGGACCGGGACCUAGCCUCAGACCUCAAAAUGUUGGCAGUUGGCGUGAGGGCGGAGGCAGGAAUUUAAUCACUGCACCCAGCCCCUCUGAGAUGGACAACAGGCCUCUGGAGGAGGGGGUUGCGGUCCCUGAUACCUCUACGCCUCCAGGGGAAGCUGAAGAGGCUGGGCGAACAGUAACCGCUGACGUUCAGAAUGAGAAAAGGGAUGGCAGGGAGAAGGUGCCCCCCUCUGCCCCCACUUCUCAGCCUAAACUCAACGGGGGGCAACAGCCUCCUGCUGGGGUACCAACACACUUUGACCCUGCUUUCAGGAGCAUGAUGCCACCCUAUAUGUUCCAGGCGUUUCCUCAAAUUUCUUUUGCCCCAGGGCAAGGAAACCUCAGAUACCCUGUCCCACAGGAAGGAGCAAAGAUGGUCAGGGGUCCCCGUUCACGACCCCAGCAGGGUCCCCCUCAGGGCUGGCACAAGGACCCAGACAGGCCCUCCAUCAUCAGCGCAACAGAGCUGAAAGGGCUCGACAAUUUAGACACAGACACUGACGAGGGCUGGGCAGGAGCCCAGAUGGAAGUGGACUACACGGAGAAACUAAACUUCAGCGAUGAUGAGGAGAACCAAGCUAAUAAAGAAAAAAGAGAAAACUGGGAAUGGAUGGGUAAAGUGGAGCGCAUGAGAUCUCGGCCAGCAGAGGGUCAGGAGGGCUGGAAGGAGGGUCCCGAGGAGCGUGGGGGCAGUAAAACCUCAUGGGCUGAUGGUGAUCCCAGAGCGCCAUCCCCUGGCAGUAUGGGGCAGUACAAGUCAGCUGCACCGCAGGACUACCAGGGCGGCAGUCGUUCUGUUGUAAGCGGAGCUCCACGUGCAACCAAACCACCGGCUGCAGCAGCCCCUGGUGCUGAGGAGGACCCUGAGGCCUGGCGACAGAAGCGCAAGAAACCUCAAGAAGUUUCUGAAGCUGUAGAACGGGCUAGGAAGCGAAGAGAUGAAGAAGAACGGCGCAUGGAAGAACAACGGCUCGCAGCUUGUGCUGAAAAACUGAAACGUCUCAAUGAAAAACACCGCCAGACAACUGAAAGCACACCCACCCUUUCUCAGACCACCAAUGAAGAAGCAGGACCUGCAGAGGAAGAAGAGUCCUUAUCAGAUCCUGCUCCCGUAUCCAGUCCUGUACCCUCCAUCCCAGUUUCACAACCACCGGCCACAAUCGUGCAAGCGCCUCUACCUGAAGAGGUGGAUCUAGAUGGGGAGAUGGUGGAGCGAGAUCACGAGGUAGUGGAGCGAGAACACGAGAUAGUGGAACCAAUUGUAGAGGAGGAGGCUCCCCUGCCUCGUCAGCCCAGUCCCACGAUCCAGAGAUCUUUGGCCGUUGCUCCAGAGCCUCAGAGUGAGGAAGAGAGUUCCUUUGUUGAGGUUAGCGCCCUGGUGGAGGACAACCAGGUAGACAGAGCAGUGCCUAUCCAAGACUAUUUCAACUUAGAGGACAACAGAGUAACAGAUCCAAAUACUAUUGAGUUGCUGCCUGCAGUGGAUGAGCCCCACCUGUCUCCACCUCACAUGGACCUGCCCAGUGGAGAGGAAGUCUCUAUGUCACCGCCACAACUCGAAGGAGAAGCGGCAGCUGCUCUGCGUCCCUCUCUUAACUCGGGCUAUUCCAAACAGUUUCAAAAGUCUUUGCCUCCUCGUUUCCUCAGACAGCAGGAGCAGAUGAAGCAGCAACAAUGGCAGCAACAGCAACACCAGAGUGGAGGCUCCCUGUCCCCAUCAGGUGGCGGAGGCGGUGUCCCAGCUCCCCAACAACAACAACAACAACAACAGCAGCAGCAGCAGCAGCAGCAGCAGCAGCAGCAGCAACACCGCUCAAUGUAUCAACCCAUUGGCCCCCACCACCAGCACCUGGCGUCCAUGGGCUUUGACCCCCGCUGGCUCAUGAUGCAGUCCUACAUGGACCCUCGCAUUAUGUCAGGACGUCCUCCCAUGGACAUGCCAACUAACAUUCACCAAGGGAGGAUGCCUCCGAAGCAGAUCGUUCGCAGAGAACCGGGUGACAAUUCUAGCUCCAGCCCUGACUCCUUUGACCAUUUGACCCGACCAAUUCGUGACCAUGGCCUGCCGUCAGACUCACGGAUGGUAUGGGGAUCGGAACCAUACCCACAGUCAGAGCCUUUACCCUCUGUAACUCCUCCAAAAGGACAAGAAGAUAACAAAGAGCCGAGGAUCGACUGUGGUUUGGAUCUAGACAGGGGUCUAACAACUAUCUUUCCCCAGGACCAAACUGUAUUGGACUCUCACAAAAGUAACUUCUUCCAGGACACUACAGAGUCCCUGUCAGCAUUUACUCCGGGCCCAGAGGAUGUAUCGGGGCCCCUAGACAGGGUUCCUGUGGCCUCAGCCUUUGAUUCAGAAGAAGCAGGCCUCCCAAGUGGGGAAGAGGUAGAAGCUCUCGGCCAGGCGAUGCUGCAGAGGAGCGUCUCCCAGGGCUCCAGCCACUCCCUCAAGCUGGAUGAGCCCAGGUUUGAUGGGCUGUCCCUGGGAACAACAGCUCUAGACAUUCAGGACUCUGCAGAACGUUCUGAUGAUAAGCCUCAGAAUGAACCCUACCCCCAGCCCCAGACUGCGUUGACUAGCAACAGGGCUACACCACCUGCUGAUGGAUUACACAAACAAGAGAAACUGCCUUUGCCAGUCCCGAGCAAGCAGAAAGCCGAGCUGCGCUGGGGCGCAAGAUCAGGGGCCGGACGCAGAGAAGGACCAGGUGGAGAGAGACCUCUCCGCAGGUCUGGCCCAAUAAAGAAGCCUGUCCUUAGGGACAUGAAAGAAGAGAGGGAGCAAAGAGAAGAAAGAGAGAAGCGCCUCGAGAGAGGGGAGAGGGGGGAUAGAGGAGAGAGAUUGGAGAGAUUGGAGAGAGGAGAGAGAGGAGACCGCUUCAAGAAGGAUCAAUCAUCCAAAGCUCCGUCUGCAGCUGCAGUUGUGUCUGAGGGCUCCAGAUCUCAGGCGGAGGGGAAGAGAGAAGCUGGUGAGGCUGAGGAAACGCAGACUUGCCUUCCAAGAGUCAAAGACCCUCAGCCUUCACCUGGGGUUCCCACCUCUUCCUCUCAGGAGGAGAAAGCAGACAAACCGCCCAGCAAUGACCAACAUCCAGAACCCAAACUGCCCUCCAGGAAGGAGUCCAAUCUUCCUCCACGUUCAUACCGACGAGAGGACAGAGAGCGGGAACGUGAGAGGGAGAAGGAUAUGGACAGGGACAGAGAUCGAGACAGAGACAGAGAGUGGCCUGCUGACCCAUUCAAAGCACGUGGUCGAGGCGAGUAUUACUCCAGGGGACGGAGCUACCGGGGGGCUUACAGUGGCCGAAACAGAGGGGGUCGCGGUCGAAGCCGGGCAGAGUACAAUUACAGAGAGCCCCGAUCACGCUCAGAUUUACCUUUGGUUGGAGGCGCUGCUGCCUUCCGCAACAGGGAAGAAAGCGAAACACGCAGCGAGAGCUCAGACUUUGAAGUUCGUCCAAAACGUAGACGGCGCCGGGGUUCGAACACAGAUUCUGAGAGUGAAGGUGGUAGAGAGUCUGCCAGUGAUACCGGGCCGUCUGAUCGUGAGCCUAGUACCAAACCUAGCCGUCCAUUGAGGCGAGAGCUCCCUGGGGAGGCCCGGCCUGGGCCCCACAAGCCAGGCUUUGGACCUCCUCACAUGGGGGAAAGGGUUGGACACAGAGGGGACGAUGAGAGCAGACCCAAGCCAGGAUUCCUUGCUAAGGGAGAUCCUUCACGACGAGGAAGAGGAGGACUUUACAGUAGACGAGGUGGAACAAGGGAACGUGGUGGCCCUCGCCCGGGCCCUCUCAGACGGCCAGGUGCUAGAGAGUCCUCCUCUCAGUGGCCUUCUAAACCCAUGGAGACAUUCAGGCUGGAGGACACAGAGUCCUCACAAAGAUAUGACAAUCCUGCUGCGGACCGAAGACCCCCUAGGUCUGAUGGCAAGACAUUUUUGGAAGGGGCUCCUCAGAGUAGUAGAGAAAGACCACGGCGGUCCAGACCAGCAAGGCCCCCCAGGCAAGAUAAACCCCCCCGCUUUAGGCGCUUGAAGGAACGGGAGGCUGCAGUGUUAGCUAAUGGAGAAACAGCCCCAGGUCCCUCUGUCCCUCUACUCCCAGUGCCUGCUGCUGUCCCCAGCUCUGCUGCUGCUCCAGUGUCCCACUCCCCAACCCUGUCCAGGGCCCCGGGGACCCCUCUGACUGUGCCUGCAGACGUGGCCGCCACUAUGCCUGCUCCUGACUUGUCCUCCUCUAUGGAAGCACCCUUGCCUGACACCAGCAGCCCCACCAUCACUGCAGUUGGAACCAAAUCCCCUGACCUGUCCAACCAGAACUCUUCAGAUCAAGCCAAUGAGGAAUGGGAAACUGCCUCUGAGAGCAGCGACUUCAACGAGAGGAGAGAGCGAGAAGAAAGGAAAGGAGCUCUCGAGGCUGCUCAUGAAGCAGCCACUGCCUCUGCCCAGGCACCUGCACCGCCCCAGGGCUCCAUGACCCCCAACAGAAGCCCCCCUGAUGGAAGGGUGACUCCAAAACGUGACGGGGCUCCUGCAGCCAAGAGGAGUUUCUCAAAUCAAAGGCCUGCAGAGAGACAGAAUCGUAGAGGCAACAGUGGAGCUAAACCAGUGCGGAGCUAUGCAGGAGGCAAGGGGGAGAGGAGGGGAGGGGCCAAAGCCGGCCGCAAAGGCCCUGCAGCCCAGCAGAAUCCAGAUGGGACAUCACAAACACCUGGAGGAGCAUCACAGAGGCCUACUAAAGACCCGUCUGGCCGUCGUAAAGAUGAAGCCAAACAGGCCGCCAAGAAGCCCAAAGAGAAUGCUCUUUCUCAGUUUGAUCUUAACAAUUAUGCCAGUGUUGUGAUCAUCGAUGACCAUCCUGAGGUCACCACCACUGAAGACCCACAGUCCAACACCAUUGAUGACGGCUUCACAGAGGUGGUCUCCCGCAAGCAACAGAAACGGCUGCAAGACGAAGAGAAACGGAAAAAGGAAGAGCAGACUCCUCAGGUGGCACUACCCCACUCACUGCCCAUUCCUCGGAGAGAGACCCUGCAGCAGAGCUCCAGCCUCAGCAAUGUCUCUCCUGCUACUGUUGACCUAACACUAAAGAUGGAAUCGGCUCGUAAGGCGUGGGAGAAUUCCCCGAGUCUGGAGAAGAACUCUCCCGUCGUGUCCUCUUCCUCCCCCAUCACAUCCUGUGCGUCCUCGUACUCCACCUUCUCUUCAGCCUCUAUGCCACAGAUUCCCGUGGCUUCUGUCACCCCCAGCACCUCUCUGACAGGUUCUGGUACCUAUACAACGUCAUCACUCAGCACCAAGACCACCACAGCCUCGGACCCCCCUAACAUCUGUAAGGUGAAGCCCCAGCAGCUGCAGAGUGGCGGUCUGUCCUCCAGCAGCAGCAGUAGCAGCAGCAGCUUCUCUCAGCUGGGCUGUGUGCCUACACUCCUGCCCCAGCAGCAGCAGACCCCCCAGGUGUACGUCUCUCAGUCUGCAGCAGCUCAGAUUCCAGCCUUCUACAUGGACACUAGCCACCUAUUCAGUACCCCCCACCCUCGCUUGGCACCUCCCUCCCUGGCGCAGCAGCAAGGUUUCCAGCCCGGCCUCUCGCAGCCGACAGCAGUGCAGCAGAUUCCAAUCCCCAUCUACGCUCCACUGCAGGGCCAACAUCAGGCUCAGCUGGGACUCAGUGCCGGUCCUCCAGUCUCCCAACCACAGGACCUGUUCAGUUCCUCACUGCAGCCUUACAGGUCUCAGCAGGCCUUCAUGCAGAGCAGCCUGUCGCAGCCCUCCAUGAUGCUGUCAGGACCCUCCCUGCACAGCUAUGCUGGCGUGCAGGCGCCUGAUCUAGGCAAACCUCAGUCUAAUCUGGCCUAUCAGCAGGCCUCCUCCACCCAGCACAUUCCCAUUCUGUUUGAGCCGCAGCUGAACCAGCCCUCCGGCAUGGGGGGCUCCCAGCUCAUAGACACACACCUGCUGCAGGCUCGACAAGGAAUGAGUCAGCAUUCAAACAUGUACUCAGGGCAAGUCCAACAGCAUGGCCAGAGCAGUUACUAUAGCAACGCUCAGUCGCCCAGUUCUGCAAUGCAACAGGUGACAGUCCCUCUGUCCAGUUCCCAGCUGUCGCUGUCAAACUUUGGCUCGAGUGGAGGCCAGCCCCUCCUGGCGCUGCCUCCCACUCCCCCUCAGUCACAACCUCCCAACAUCAACAGACAGCCCCCCAUCUCCCAGCCGUACCGAGGCCUCAUGGGCCCGAGCCACAGCAUGAUGCAGCCCCCUACCAGCAAGAUGGACAUGGAUCUAAAACUAUUUGGCAGUGGGAUGGAUAUGAAGCCCGGAACGCCUCCUAUCGGUGCCAGGAGCACUACACCCACCUCCAGCCAUUACAGGGCCAGCUCCACCUCUCCCAGCAGCCAGUCCAGUAAGAUCAACAGCAUGCUGUACCAGAAGCAGUUUCAGGCGAGCUCCGCCGGCAUGAGGAUGGCACAGCACUUCCCUGGCCAGUACAACCCACAGAUUUUGUCUCAGCCCAACCUGGUCUCUCCUCUGGUUCGUCCUCCUCACGUUAACUCGUUUGCCGGAGGUGUCCAGCGCUCCCCUAUGGGCCCUCAAAUGUCAACCAAUGUGGGUGGGGGUCUCAUGCCCCAUCCCCGACCUCAGCACCCACAGCACCUGCAGCAUCCACAACACCCACAGCACGGCCAGCACCCACAGCACCCUCCCCGAGGGCCUCCUCCCCCGCCGGCUCCCAGAGGCCCACAUGCCAUGAAUGCUGAACAGGAUCUAAAGGUCUGCUUCCUUCAUGUAUUCGUUGAUUCUGUUCUUCGUUUCAUUUAAAGGGAAAGUUUGGAUUGUCCGCAGGGGG